AGAAAAUUCAAACAAACCAAAAAAAUAAACCAGGAAAUUGUGAACGAAGCAGGAACAAGAGAGAGAAGGUCAGAGAGAGAGAUCGAAGCAGCGGGAGGAGGAAAGGGAAAGAUAUUUUUUUUCUUCUUGUCACCCCCCUCUCUGUUCCAUCGACGUUACCCAGGAGGGGAUUUGCGUUCCCGAGGAGCAGAUUGAAGUUCGAAUAGGAUCACUACCCUUCCGGCGGGAUUGUGAAUCAGCGGUUUUCAAUUCCGAUCUCGGUGGCGGGGUUGGGAAGAGGCGGAGGAGGAGGAGGGAAAGAUGAGUGGCGGCAGCGGAUGGGAGAGGAUUAGGUCGACGAGAGGGGGAAGGUUGUCACGGGAAACGAGUUUGACAGGGCGGACGGCGAGGACGGUGAGGCUCGGCCGCGUACAGCCACAGGCGCCUGGUUACCGUACAAUUUACUGCAAUGAUCGCGAAGCCAAUCUCCCCGUCCGAUUCAAGGGGAACUCUAUAUCGACGACAAAGUACAACUUCUUGACCUUUCUACCCAAAGGGUUGUUUGAACAGUUCAGGCGGGUGGCUAACUGCUACUUUCUCUUUAUUUCUAUUCUCUCAAUGACACCUAUCAGUCCUGUUAAUCCAGUGACAAAUGUCGUCCCCCUUAGCUUGGUGCUUUUUGUUUCUCUGAUCAAGGAGGCAUUCGAGGACUGGAAACGCUUGCAGAAUGAUAUGGUGAUAAACAAUAAUCCUGUAGAUGUGCUGCAUGAUCAAGUAUGGGAAACUAUUCCUUGGAAGAAGUUGCAGGUUGGAGACAUUGUCAGGAUUAAGCAGGAUGGAUUCUUUCCUGCAGAUCUGCUUUUCCUAGCUAGUACAAAUGCAGAUGGUGUCUGUUAUAUCGAGACUUCGAACUUGGAUGGUGAAACAAACUUGAAGAUUAGAAAAGCUGUGGAAAGGACUUGGGAUUAUUUGAUCCCAGAGAAAGCUGUUGAAUUUAAAGGUGAAGUGCAGUGUGAGCAGCCAAACAACUCAUUGUACACUUUCACUGGCAAUCUUAUCAUCGAAAACCAAACGCUUCCUCUUUCUCCAAACCAACUUCUGUUGAGAGGUUGCAGUCUUAGAAAUACUGAGUACAUUGUUGCGGCUGUUAUCUUUACAGGACACGAAACAAAGGUAAUGAUGAAUUCCAUGAAUGUUCCAUCCAAAAGGAGUACAUUGGAGAGAAAACUUGACAAGCUUAUUCUUACUCUUUUCGGAACUCUCUUUGGUAUGUGCCUGGUUGGAGCCAUAGGAAGUGGGAUAUUCAUAAGUAGUGACUACUACUACCUUGAGCUUCAAAGAGGAGUAGGAUUGGAGUUUAACCCUAGCAGCCGUUUUUCGGUUGUCGUUCUAACAUUGUUUACACUACUCACUCUCUACUCAACAAUCAUUCCCAUUUCUUUAUAUGUCUCUAUUGAGAUGAUCAAGUUUAUUCAGUGUGCUCAAUUCAUCAACAAGGAUUUGCACAUGUAUCAUGUUGAAACCGACACCCCAGCAUUGGCUAGGACUUCGAAUUUGAAUGAGGAGCUUGGACAGGUGGAAUAUAUAUUUUCAGACAAGACUGGAACUUUAACGCGGAAUUUAAUGGAGUUCUUUAAGUGUUCGAUUGGAGGAGAGGUUUAUGGAACUGGUUUCACUGAGAUAGAGCGGGGUGGGGCACAAAGGAUUGGUGCUAAGCUUCAAGAAGCACAGAGAUCACCCCAUGCAGUGCAUGAGAAAGGGUUCAAUUUCGAUGAUUCUAGGAUAAUGCGAGGAGCUUGGAGGAAUGAGUCUAAUCCUGAUGUAUGCAAGGAAUUUUUCAGGUGCCUUGCUAUAUGCCAUACUGUACUUACUGAAGGUGACGAGUCCCCUGACAAGAUUACAUACCAAGCUGCAUCUCCUGAUGAGGCUGCUCUUGUCACUGCUGCAAAGAAUUUUGGUUUCUUCUUCUACAGGUUGACAACUGCAAUGAUGCUGUGUUCUGCAUUUUCUCUUCUCCUUGUGAAUUUAUGAGCUUACAUUUUAUCAGAGAAGAUGUUCAGUUCAAACUAGAUGUCUAGGCUAGCCAAUCUGUCAUCAGUGGGAGGAAACCAAAUACUGAUUGCUAAUGGUUUCAUUUCGUCAGGCGUACCCCUACUAUGAUAUACGUUCGUGAAUCUCAUGCGGAGAAGAUGGGGACUAUUACAGAUGUUCCUUAUGAGAUUUUGAAUGUUCUCGAGUUUAACAGGUGGAGACAUGUCUUUCUUGGAUAUGAGUGUUUAGUUUCUGAUUUGUUGCUUAAUAUUUAACUUCUGUAUCUUUUUUUUUUUUUUUGAGUUUAGCACAAGGAAGCGACAGUCCGUUGUUUGUAGGUACGCAGAUGGUAGACUUGUAUUGUACUGCAAGGGUGCCGACACUGUAAUUUAUGAGAGACUGGCUGCCGAGAGCGAUGAGCUUAAGAAGAUAACUCGGGAACACUUGGAGCAGUUUGGAUCUGCUGGGUUGCGUACUCUCUGCCUUGCCUAUAAGGAUUUACACCCAGAAACAUAUGAAAGCUGGAAUGAGAAGUUUAUCCAAGCUAAAUCUUCUCUUAGAGAUCGCGAGAAAAAGCUUGAUGAGGUGGCGGAACUUAUAGAAAAGGAUCUCAUCUUGAUUGGGGCCACAGCUAUAGAAGACAAGCUUCAAGAAGGGGUACCAACUUGUAUAGAGACUCUUGCUAGAGCUGGAAUUAAGAUUUGGGUCCUGACAGGUGACAAGAUGGAAACUGCAAUAAAUAUUGCUUACGCUUGCAACUUGAUUAACAAUGAUAUGAAACAGUUUAUCAUCAGUUCAGAAACUGAUGCGAUUCGAGAAGUAGAAGAAAAGGGUGACCAGGUAGAAAUUGCACGGUUUAUGAAGGAAGAAGUUAAAGGAGAGCUCAAAAGGUGUCUCGAGGAAGCGCAACACUCUUUGUGCACUGUAUCUGGACCCAAGUUGACACUUGUUAUUGAUGGAAAGUGUUUAAUGUAUGCAUUGGACCCUAGCUUGCGUGUAAUGCUGCUAAAUCUGAGUCUGAACUGCAGUUCAGUGGUCUGUUGUCGAGUUUCGCCUCUGCAGAAAGCUCAGGUUACUAGCCUAGUCAAGAAAGGUGCGCGGAAGAUAACCCUUAGUAUUGGAGAUGGUGCUAAUGAUGUUAGCAUGAUUCAAGCUGCCCACAUUGGCGUUGGAAUAAGUGGGCUGGAGGGUAUGCAAGCAGUCAUGGCUAGUGACUUUGCAAUUGCCCAGUUUCGGUUUCUUACAGAUUUACUUUUGGUACAUGGACGGUUGUCUUACCUCAGGAUAUGCAAGGUGAUCACCUACUUUUUUUACAAGAAUCUUACAUUCACUCUGACGCAAUUUUGGUUCACAUUUCAUACCGGCUUCUCUGGUCAAAGGUUUUAUGAUGAUUGGUUCCAGUCAUUGUAUAAUGUCAUCUUUACCGCUCUUCCAGUGAUUAUUGUUGGGCUUUUUGACAAGGAUGUUAGUACGGCAUUGUCGAAGAAGUACCCUGAACUGUACAAGGAGGGGAUAAGAAACAUGUUCUUCAAGUGGCGAGUUGUGUGGACGUGGGCUUUUUUCUCCGUUUACCAAUCUCUGAUCUUCUAUCACUUUGUGACGAUCUCUGGUACUAGUGGUAAAAAUCUCUCGGGAAGGAUGUUUGGACUUUGGGAUGUUAGCACAAUGGCAUUCACUUGUGUUGUGAUCACUGUCAAUUUACGGCUUCUUCUGAUGUGCAAUUCAAUAACAAGAUGGCAUUACAUUAGCGUCGGUGGAAGUAUUCUGGCAUGGUUUGUCUUCAUUCUUAUCUACUCACUGCUACGGGAGAAUGUUUACUUCGUCAUUUAUGUUCUGAUGGGGACAUUCUAUUUCUACCUUACAAUAAUUCUUGUGCCCAUUGUUGCUCUUCUUGGAGACUUCAUCUAUCAAGGGGUGGAGAGAUGGUUCUUCCCAUACGACUAUCAGAUAGUACAAGAGAUGCACCGAAAUGAUCCCGAAGACAACUCAAGGGCUGGGUUAUUGGAGAUUGGGAACCGCCUGACCCCACAGGAGGAAAGAAGCUAUGCGAUAGCUCAACUACCAAGAGAGCUAUCCAAACACACAGGCUUUGCCUUUGAUUCCCCAGGUUACGAGUCGUUUUUCGCUGCCCAGCUGGGUGUCCACGCCCCCCAGAAGGCGUGGGAUGUUGCCAGAAGAGCCAGCAUGCGGGGGAAGCCAAAGCCAUCGAAGAAGCACUGAAUGAAGUUUCUGGGAACACAGAUGUGUUGUACAAAGAAGAAUUUUUGUAGUCCGUCCUCCACAGCUUGCUGACUUGAUUGAGAUAUCCCUUAGAAGUAAAAGGAAACGAUAAGUUUGUAUAUUUAUUUAGAUGCCUAUAACCUGUUUGAGAAGAGUCCCCACCCAUAUUAUCCUCAGUUUCUUGGACCAUAGAUGUAUUCUUUGGAGGGGUUUAGCCGUGUCAUUAUUAGGGUAUUUUUGUCCCAGCUGUACAGCUAAUGUUAUAUUUUUAAUGGAAUACAC